AUGCGCUUUCGGGUUAGAGGUCCUACUGGGCAGUCUAUCAUCACACUGAACGAUGAUGCUACCGUGGGAGACCUUAGCAGAGCAAUCACCAAGGAGACUUCGCUAUCUGCGUUCGAGAUCAAGAUAGGCUACCCGCCAAAGUUGUUGGAUCUAGACAACCUCAGCAUCGCAAAACCUCUGUCAGACCAGGGUGUAAAGCUGAAUGGCGAGCAAUUAUUGGUCACAUCCAGAGAGACAACGCAAACAAACUCUUCAAAUCAUGAUCCUCGGCAAGUAGACUCGGCUAGCACAGAUAGACAGAGCAAAUCACACCCACAGGCGGGUUCCACCAAGCAAAUAGGUGCAAUGAAGAACGCAGCGGGCUCAUCCUCAUCAAAUUUCUCAUUUGGCGAUCUCGGUUCAGCUUCAUCAGCAGUCAAAGACACAAAAUCUUCUACAUCAACCGCUUCGAAGAUGGCCCCUGCAGCGAAUUUAUCUUUGAGCCGAAAAAGCAAUGCUAACACACUGAACGACCCACCUGAGAUUGUCCUGCCAGAUCAAGGAGGUACCUUGGUAUUGCGGAUCAUGCCAGAUGACAACUCUUGCUUGUUUCGCGCGAUUGCCAGUGCGAUAAUGCCUGGCCUCGACACGAUGAACGAACUUCGCUCUGUGGUAGCACAGACCAUUCAAGCAAAUUCUGCUGUCUAUUCGAAAGCGGUCCUUGACAAUAAAGAUCCCGAUGACUACUGCCGAUGGAUUCAAACGGAAGAUGCCUGGGGAGGCCAAAUCGAGCUCAACAUCAUUAGCAACCACUUUGAUAUCGAGAUUUGCUCCAUCGACGUGCAAACCCUACGCAUCGAUAGGUAUAACGAAGGUCGGCCCAAGCGCUGCAUAGUUGUCUACUCCGGAAUACACUAUGACACUAUUGCUUUGAGCCCUUUCGAUGCCCCUCCAGAAUUCGAUCAGAAGACGUUCGACACCACUAACGAAGUCAUACUGGGUUCUGCUGUCGAGCUGUGCCAAAUGCUGAAAGGCAAGGGAUAUUAUACGGAUACUGCGGCAUUUAAGAUCCGAUGUAAGCAAUGUGGAGCGAUCUGUGUGGGGGAGAUGGGAGCAACAGAGCAUGCCUCGAAGACGGGACAUUACAGCUUUGAUGAAGGGCCAUAG